AUGUUAUCUGAUAGUAUAAAUAAUGGGCAUACCAAUGGACAACAAGAUGUUAAUAAUGUAGAGAGAACAUUUGAAAAGACACACCAGCAUACGAAUGGUAACAAUAAUAGUAAUGACGUAACGUCCCCUACAAGUCAUUAUAUUAAUAUGUUACUAGGUGAUACUAAAUUAAAUUCACCAUCCGGUGAUCCAAGGUACUUACAAUUGGAAAGCUCUUAUACUUCAGGGUUUCAUUUAAGAGACGAAGUAGAUAAGUUUGAUUUCGAUAAUAGUUUGAAGAAUUCGGUGAAUAAUCCUGGUAAUGUUUCAAUUGAUAAUAUAUUAGGGUAUUCUUCGAGUGAUGAGCUUACCGAAGAAAAUGGCGUAGAGGUCGAAAUGGACGGGUAUGACUCUUUCGAUGAAGUUUAUGAUGAAAUUGAUGAUUUAAUGGUCACCAUAGAUGAAGUUAAGGGACAAUUUGUUCAAUGGAUGGAUAACAUAGAUAAUACACUAUCAGAUAACCCUGAAUACCAACAACAACAAGACUACAGUGGUGAUGACGUACCUAGAGUAAUUAAAACUAAUGAGACUGUCAAGUUUUUGAAUACGAUUACUGAUAUUCGAGAUAUUGUUAUCAACGAAGACAACGACAACCCUGAAGAUGCUAAAGUUCAACAGUUGAAGCAAUAUGGGAUAGUUGAUAUCAGAGAAACGAGUAUUGGAUUGAAAGAUCCUAAAGUGACGAAUGAUCCAUGUUCUAAAUUAAAUAAUUAUGGUGUGAUUUUAAUGAGAUGGCCUGAAUCUAUUGCCCAAUUAUGGGAUGAGUAUAAUAAAAUACCAAGUGAAUGGUCUCAGGAAUAUUUAAUGUCAUUCUUAGUGAAUGUUCGUAAGAUUAAUGAAAUGGAACAUUGUAAUAUUGAUAUGGAAUUAACAUUGAUGAGAGAGAGUUCAAUUAGAGAAUUGGAAUCCAAAUUCAGUUCUGGAUGGAGAAACGAGGAUAAAAAUUUCUCAAGACAAAUUAAUAGGCGUAAGAAGAUAUGGAAUGCUAUUGAAGAUGGAAUAGCAGAUGGGAUUGAUGUAACAGACUGUAUAAAAGUCCUGACACAAUAUGUUGAAGAGACAAAUAAAGGCUUGAGUCUGUAUUACAAAGGAGUUCCUUUUAAAAUUAUUGAUAGAUUACAUAAGAUUAAAUAG